UCUACUAAAAUCUCUUUAGGUCUCCCCCUUGUUUUUCACGGCGGAGAGAUAAUUAGCGCGAGAAACUCUACUAAAGAAAAGAAAAAAAAAAAAAAGGGGGGUAAUGAUGGAUGCGAUAGAAGAAUCUGUGGAGUACCAUGAUGCAAACGACGGUAAUAUGUUCCGUUUACUCGAGGACGAAGACCAUGGAUGUAGUAACCAAGUCGUGCCCCAGAAGAAGAAGAAGAAGCUCAGUGGAAACCUAGCUGAUUGGGAAGUGUCUUUUGCGAAUGUUGCGGCAAAGAUGGGUCCUUCAGAUCUUGCGGAUUUCCUCGACAAAGUUCCGGUACGUUCGUGCAAUCCAUCCUCUCAUCUUCUAAAAUCAAUCAAAAUUUCCCAAUUUUUUGGUUUGGUUUGGUUUGGUUUCCCAAUAUAUUUUAUAGGACGAGUAUCCGCCUGUGCCCAUGUUUCGGCUAACUAGAUUUCUCGAUUACUAUGACGAUGCACUUUCCGGAGUAUCAUGUCCAUGGUGUAAGAUGUUCAAGGACUCUAAUUUGGCCAGCCUGAUCGAUGUUCCGUUAUGUCAUAUUCCUGAACCUGUCCUCCGAACAUCAGUCGAAUGGCUCAACCAACAAGUUCAAAUAGUGUUCUCAGUGACUUUAUAAUGUUGACAUUUCAUUAUAUAUUCUCUUAUUUGGUUACACCAGCAAAAGACUAUGUUCCCGAGGGUAGCCUGUUAUUCAUAAUGGGCGAGACUAAGUUGGCAAUGUUUGUUACAACAGCAAUGAUUUUGCGUAGCAAACCUCACCUCUUAGUUGAGGUUUUGCCCUCUCUGAGGAGGUAUGCGCCUUUCUAUCAAGUACAGGGCCAGAUUCCGCUUACUCUUUGGUUCAUUACUCAGGCCUCUAAAGAUGAUUUAUCUCUAGGCUUGCUUUCAUGGGGUCAUAACUUGUUACCUCUAAUCGACAGCUAUCCUCAGUCAACAGAUGCCAUCCUCGACUUUGUCGAGAAGAUUUUGGCCAAACCAGAUGAUCAGGCCAGUUUUUUAAAAGCUCCUCUCUGGGAGGGAGAGCGGCUUAUUCCACCUCUUUCAUUUGAGAUCUUGCUUCGGCUUACAUUCCCUGCUUCACCCGAGCCUACUACAAGUAGGUUUAAGGCAAUUUACCCCUUUCUGAAACAAUUGGCUUUUGUCCGUACAACAAGCAAUAGCCGGGCAAUAAUAGAAGAAAAUAUAUUCACUGUUUCCUUGAGAUUAUCUGGAGAAGGAAAUACUGCUUUAGCCGAGGAAGCUAGAUCAAUCGCUCUCUGGUCUCUGACCGUUGACAAGGAUUGCUGGGAUAUCUGGGAGAAUCUCUGCGAUAGAAAUGUGAAAGUGAGUCUUGAUAUUCUUAAAACACUUGUAGGGAAAUUCAAGGACGGUGAACUCGAGGCAAUGAAUGAACAGAUAUUCAAUUUUUUGUUUUACUUAGCUGCACGAGGAAAUUUACCCCAGCAAGCUACCGCUAUCUGGUCUCUGAACAUAAUCGUUGAUUGCUGGAAGCAGAGGGGCAAUAUCUCUGUGGAUAAUCUAAAAGCUUGUGUUCGUCUUCUUGAAAAUCAUAUCGAGAGAUGUUCACCAGGAAGCAAGGCAAGGAAACAAAUCACUCGAAAGAUAUUUACUCUCUCUUUGAAAUUAGCUGGAGAAGGCGAGGAAGCUGCUACAUCAANUUACUCCCUUCCUCGAUUAGGAGCUUGUCCCCAAGCUCCAACUCUGGAUAUGCUUCAUACAAUUUGGAUGCCUCCUCCCAGGUUGAAUCUUCUACAGCGUCAGCAGUCCAUUGAACCAGUACCUGUCUAG